AUGGUGCUCUUCGCUCUCCUCCUCCUCCUCCUCCUCUACUUCAUCGUCCGGCCCCGCCCCGUCACCAUCCCUAUAAAAAACCGCCACGUGUUUAUAACAGGCGGAUCAAUUGGCAUUGGUCUGGCCAUUGCCAAACAAGCUGCCUCCGAGGGAGCCCGUAUUUCCCUUCUGGCCCGCUCCCUCGACAAGCUCGAAGAGGCCAAGCAAUCAAUCCGUCAGGCCUACCAAGUCGACGUCGCGAUCUUCGCUGCAGAUGUUCGUGACUACGAUACCGUUCAGAGUGCGAUCAAGGAGGCUGGCCCUAUUGAUGUCCUAGUUGUCAACCAUGGCGUGUAUGCUAUUCAGGAGCUUGAGAACCAGGGAUUGGAUGUGGUCAAGUUCAUGAUAGACGUGAACCUGACGGGGAGUUUCAAUGUCAUCAAAGCCGCUUUGCCGUUGAUGAAGGAUAGAAAGGACAAGGAGCCUGCCUCCAUCGCCCUCAUGUCUUCAAUGGCCGGCCAAGUAGGAAUUUAUGGGUUUGCGGCCUAUUCAGCAACCAAAUUUGGCCUUCGUGGAUUAGCCGAAUCAUUGCAACAAGAAGUAAUUGAGGAUAAUAUUCACGUGUCUAUUAUAUUCCCUCCAGUUACUGAAACUCCUGGUAUAGUUGAAGCAAGGAAGAAUAUGCCAGAACUGACCAAAAUCAUAGUUGGCUCUGGUGGAAUGAAAGCCGAAGAAAUUGGCAAGAUAACUGUUAAUGGCAUAAAAUCUGGAAGUUUUGGCAUCCCCUGCAACUUUCUUGGCCAAACAUUCGCCAUAGCUACUGCUGGUGUAUCCCCUCAGAGAUCGUUCCUGAUGGCAUCCCUUGAGGUGGUUUUCGCCGGUCUAUCUCGCUUUGGAGGUCUGCUUUUCCAAUGGAACUUGUAUGGGACCAUAGAGCAAUGGCAUGCACAGAAAAAACAGGCCUAGAUUUCUCUGGAGCUUGACAUGGUAUAUGGGCAUGGAUUAAUUUCUUUGAGAAUAACAAGUUUCAACUCUGGGAUCUGAACCUCUCACCAAAUCUCCAUCUCAAAUCUGAGGUGAAAGAAGUCAGUGGUUGGAUCCAUAAUUGACGAGGUGGGAGUCAUUUAUGAGAAUUGAAUCUAAAGCAUUUGUCUACUUGCUAAAUCAGAUGUAUCAAUUUUCUUUGCAAUGUUCAUCCCAACUUUCUAAAUACUGCUUUAUUGCCCAAAAUGAAGUUUUCCAUAUACUUAAAA